AUGAAAACAUCUAUUUUUCUUUCUUUUUUUGGGGGGUUUUCUUUCUUUUCGUUUUGUUUUUCUAUCUUUCUUUCUCUCGGCAUUUUCUUUCUUUUUUUCUUAUGUUGCACAUAUUACAGUUUCUUUCUUUCUAUUUCUCUUUCUUUGUCUAUAUUUGUAUACGACUACACCUUCUUACCUUUUGUUUCUCUUUCAUUCUUUUUUUCUAUUCCACCAACUUUCAAUUUUCUUUUUCUCAUUGUUUUAACUUACCAUUUUCUUUCUUUCAUUUUCGAUGUACUUUUCAUUACGUUUAUUUCUUUUCUUUAUUCUUUUUCCAUUUUCUGUUCAGUUUUUCUUUCUUUUCUACUUUAUUUUCAUUUUCUUUAUUUAUUUCAUUCAUUGUUUUUUUUUCUUAUCAUUUCUCCUUUUACCGUUUCUCAUUCUUCCCUCCCUUCUUUUAUAAUUUUCUUUCGCUCUUUCUUUCUUUUUAGUGUAUCUUCUAUAUAUUUUCUUUCUUUCCUAAUUUCCUUCUUUGUUUAUGCUUACCAUUUCAUUUCCAUUUCUCAUUUUACAGUUCCUUUUUCUUACAUUCUUCAAUUAAUAUUUUCUUUCUUUUGUUCUUUUACAAUUUUAUUUCAUUUUCUUUCUUUCUUUAUUUCCUUCUUUCUUUCCAUCACCCUUUUCACUUUCCAAUUCUUUUACAUUUUUCACUUCCUCUUUCAUCUCCAUUCAUCAUUUUAUUUCUUUAUUUGUUUCUUUCUUUCUUUCUUUCUUUCUUUCUUUCUUCUAUGCAUUUUUCUUUCCUUAUGUAUUUCAUUCUUACUUUUUUUCUUUCCGUUUCCUUCCCAUUUUCGGUUUCUCUUUCUCCCUCCCUCAUUUCAUAUUUUCUUUCUUUCUUUCUUUCUUUCUUUCUUUCUUUCUUUCUUUCUUUCUUUCUUUUUUUCUCUUUCUUCCCUUCCCUCAUUUAACAUUUUCUUUCUUUCUUUUUCUUUCUUUCUUUUUUCUUUUUUUCUUCAUUUUCUAUAUUUCAGUCUUUAUUUCCUUUGUAUCUUUCAGUUUCUCUUUCUUCCCUUCCCUCAUUUAACAUUUUCUUUCUGUCUUUCUUUUUCUUUCUUUCUUUCUUUCUUUUUUUCUUUUUUUCUUCCUUUCUGUCUUUCUUCCUUUCUAUCUUUCUUUCUUUCUUUCUUUCUUUCUUUUCUUUCUUUUUUUCUCUACUCUUCUCUGCCCUCAUUUAACCUUUUCUUUCUUUUUCUUUCUUUCUUUUUUCUUUUUUCUUCCUUCCUGUCUUUCUUCCUUUCUUUCUUUCUAUCUGUCUUUCUUUCUUUCUUUCUUUCUUUUUUUCUCUUUCUUCCCUUCCCUCAUUUAACAUUUUCUUUCUUUCUUUUUCUUUCUUUCUUUCUUUUUUCUUUUUUUCUUCCUUUCUGUCUUUCUUUCUUUCUUUCUUUCUUUCUUUCUUUCUUUCUUUCUUUUGUAUCUUCUAUUCAUUUUCUAUAUUUCAGUCUUUAUUUCGUUUAG